UGCUCUACUUGUGUCUUCUGCCCCUCCGUCUCCGUCUGCUCUGUACAUAUCCAUUUCUACUCUGUAAAAUAGUUAAAUUCACCCCUGGAGUCCUUCUGGAUUAUUUUGGUUGGUGUGUACAGAUUUUCUGAGUGUUUUGGACAUUUCUGAAGCGGAGAAAAACGUCGUUUGUUUCCAAUGAACGUCGAAACUGCCCGUGAGCAUUAGCACGUAGCUCACUGUCCGCUAGCUAGUUGUUAGCUGGCUAGCUGCUAGCUGCACCGUCAAGGCCGUCCUCCUGCAGCACCCCGGGGCUCCUGCUCUCCUCCCAGCUCAUGUUGCUGCUGCUGCUGCUGCUGCUGAUGCUGCUGCUGCUGCUGCUGCUGCUGCUGUCGUCCACCUUCCAGGACAGACUCCAGUCUGAGGGGAAGCCCUUGUUGGCCAGACACAUGAACGUGGCCUUCCCCUGCUGCAGCUCCUCUCUGGAGGGGGCCAGCACCGUCAGGGAGGGACGGACAUCACCCACUGCAGAGAGAGAGAACACAUUUUAGACAAACUGGGAGUUUGGAUCAAACUGCUCUUCAGAGAUCAGUAACCAUGGCAACAGACAGGCAUCACUGCUGAACCACGACAACAGACAGGUUUCAGUAACGAAGAUAAACGUAUUAAAGUGGAGUUUUGUUACUCUGGAGUUAAAUAUGCAAACCAUUAUGCUUAGUCUGACAAUUUUAAAAUAGAUUCCUGAUGCAAACGUCAAUUUUUGCUGUCUCUGUGAAGAACAGAAGUUAAAAUGUCAGAAUGUUUAAAUAAUUUAGAAAUUACUCUUCAGUUCAUACUUCAUACAAAACAAUAUUCUUAUAUGUGAGUAAUUUUAUAGACACACAGACAAAUGAGCAUUAACAUAUUUCAGUGAAGAUUUUACAGUGCAGAAAAAUAAACAUAAAAACUGUAGAAGAAGAAAUUUUUAUCCUGUGUAUGAAAGAUUUGUUUAAAAAAAAUUAUAAUUUAGAUAAAAUGUGUCCCAGAGUUGAUGUAUUUCAUAACAUUUAGGAAAAACAUUUUAGAAAACUAAAGCCAUAGACAUAUACAAAUGAUCACUGACACAUUCCUGAUCAAUAUACUGAUAAAGUGAUUGAUCCAUUGAUAACCUGCAUCAUCAGAUUGAUCCAAGUCCCUGUUGGAGUCAGUCAGAGUAUUUCCAUAGAGAGACACUUUGCAUCAGCAGCACCAUCCUCCAGUGCUCUGGGAGACUUUAUAGUCCUGACACUUGAACACUGGAUGACUGACAGCUGUCCUCCAUGACAACAGAAGACACAGAAAUCCUCCUCAUCACAAACAUGACUUUCAUCUUCAUCUGGACUCUCCUGUGCUUCACUCAGGAGUCUGUUGGACAAAAUGUUGUUGUGACUCAGUCAGCAGUUAAAUCAGUGCAGCUCAGUCAGACUGUCUCUAUUGACUGUAAGGUCAGUAGACAGGUAGCUCACCACUCUGGUUCUAAUUACUACCUGGCCUGGUACCAUCACAAAACUGGAGAAGCUCCUAAACUCCUGAUUGACAGAACAUCUGACAGAUUUUCAGGAAUUUCCUCCAGAUUCAGUGGAAGUGGAGCAGGGAAUGGACUUGACUUCACUCUGACCAUCAGUGGAGUUCAGGCUGAAGAUUCAGGAGUUUAUUACUGUCAGAGUUAUCACUGGAUCAACAGUCAGAAUUUUGUAUCACUGUGGUACACGUUUGGUGGAGGAACCAGACUGGAUGUUGGACGUGAUGUCCGUCCCUCCCUGACGGUGCUGCCCCCCUCCAGAGAGGAGCUGCAGCAGGGGAAGGCCACGCUCAUGUGUCUGGCCAACAAGGGCUUCCCCUCAGACUGGAGUCUGUCCUGGAAGGUGGACGGCAGCAGCAGCAGCAGCAGCAGCAGCAGCAGCAGCUGGGAGGAGAGCAGGAGCCCCGGGGUGCUGCAGGAGGACGGUCUCUACAGCUGGAGCAGCACCCUGAGGCUCCCUGCAGACCAGUGGAGGAAGGUGGGCUCUGUGAGCUGUGAGGCCACCCAGGGCUCCCAGACUCCACUCUCAGAGACACUGAGGAGAGACCAGUGUUCCCAGUCCUGACCUCACCCACUGGGAACAUCACACUGGUUUCACUCUGCUGUUCUCUGUAUUUCUCUUUCUCUCGUUAUCUCACCUUUGUAUCGUAACUUCAUCUUAUCAUUAUUUUUCACCUUCAGUGAUGC